GGCCUCGCUACGCUCUACCUCUCGCGGACUAUUUGGUUUGCGUAUGCUGCCCUCGGCGUCUCCUCGGCGCUACUCAAGAGGGUGCGCCGCGUGCAGUUUAGUGCUCUCGACACGACGUCGGUGGCCCUAGUAGUCUCGCUGCUCGCAGGGCCUUUGACGUACCUCCAGUCGCAGACGCUGGCCUUUAUCGACUUAUACUUUUACGCGGGAUCCAACCUUCCCGGUGUCCCCGACGACUCGAUAGAGUCUGCCGUUCUCUGCGUCAUUUACAUUGCGACGAUCGGACUCUUGCCUGUAGCAGUGGGUCUGCUGCUUCCGCAUUUGCGUCGACUCGCCAACGCGCCGGCGUCGAUACCCUUUGACAUAAAAGCUCGGUGCAUGCUACUACUGGCGACGCUCCCUGUCUGCAAGCAACGCUCUCGACACCAAAGAGCCUCCAGCCAUCUUGGGACGAUGGAGGCUGGGGGUACCUUUCAUCAGCUCAUGCUUCAGCAGCCUCUGUACUGACGCCACUUGUGUCUGAGCCAACGAAGCGCCGACUGCUAUGUUAUCGUGGACUCGUCGCCGCCGCGCCGCGUGUGCUUGACGCUGCUGGCGUUCAUGGAUCUUCCUGUUGUGCCCACGGCGCAUCCGACUGUUGUUGGCACGAUCCAAGUAGACAUCAAUAGCGGUGGGCAUGCGGUGUACCAAGGCAGCCGUGCUUCUCCUUGGGUCCAGUAGCCUUGCGGUGUGGCCAAUGCCCCAACUACUAAGACCAUACAUCUUCAAUG